CUAUUGGCUCCUCCCGCUUGAAAACAAGUAGACUGAGCAGCUCCGCUUCCGCUCACCACUCCUGCCUUCAGCAGCCGAUCCUUCAACGUCGGUCAGAAGCAGUAUUUAACAACUCGAAAAAAUGCGUGAGUGUAUUUCCAUGCAUGUCGGCCAAGCCGGAGUCCAGAUGGGCAAUGCCUGCUGGGAGCUCUACUGCUUGGAGCACGGCAUCCAGCCGGAUGGACAGAUGCCCAGCGACAAGACCAUCGGAGGAGGGGACGACUCCUUCAACACCUUCUUCAGUGAGACUGGAGCUGGUAAACAUGUUCCCAGAGCGGUCUUUGUGGACCUGGAGCCAACGGUCAUCGAUGAGGUGCGAACUGGGACAUAUCGUCAGCUCUUCCACCCGGAGCAGAUGAUCACUGGUAAGGAGGACGCUGCCAACAACUACGCUCGCGGUCACUAUACAGUCGGCAAGGAGAUCAUCGACCUGGUUCUUGACAGGACACGCAAACUGGCUGAUCAGUGCACAGGGCUCCAAGGCUUCCUCAUCUUCCACUCCUUUGGAGGAGGAACUGGCUCCGGCUUCACCUCUCUGCUGAUGGAGCGUCUUUCUGUCGACUACGGCAAAAAGUCCAAGCUUGAGUUUGCGGUCUACCCGGCCCCCCAGGUGUCCACAGCUGUCGUAGAGCCCUACAACUCCAUCCUGACCACCCACACCACCCUAGAGCACUCUGACUGCGCCUUCAUGGUAGACAACGAGGCCAUCUACGACAUCUGCCGCAGGAACCUUGAUAUCGAGCGUCCCAGCUACACCAACCUCAACAGGCUGAUCGGACAGAUCGUCUCCUCCAUCACCGCCUCCCUGCGCUUCGACGGUGCCCUCAACGUGGACCUGACUGAGUUCCAGACCAAUCUGGUGCCCUACCCUCGCAUCCACUUCCCUCUGGCCACCUACGCCCCAGUCAUCUCCGCGGAGAAGGCCUAUCACGAGCAGCUCUCGGUGGCUGACAUCACCAACGCCUGCUUUGAGCCAGCCAAUCAGAUGGUGAAGUGCGACCCUCGCCACGGCAAGUACAUGGCCUGCUGCCUGCUGUACCGCGGAGACGUGGUGCCCAAAGACGUCAACUCGGCCAUCGCCACCAUCAAGACCAAGCGCAGCAUCCAGUUUGUGGACUGGUGCCCGACCGGCUUCAAGGUGGGCAUCAACUACCAGCCCCCCACUGUGGUUCCUGGAGGAGACCUGGCCAAGGUGCAGAGGGCAGUGUGCAUGCUGAGCAACACCACCGCCAUCGCAGAGGCCUGGGCUCGACUCGACCACAAGUUCGACCUCAUGUACGCCAAGAGGGCCUUCGUCCACUGGUACGUUGGAGAGGGCAUGGAGGAGGGAGAGUUCUCAGAGGCCAGAGAGGACAUGGCCGCCCUGGAGAAGGAUUACGAGGAGGUGGGCACUGACAGCGUCGGGGAGGAGGAUGAGGAUGAAGGAGAGGAGUACUAGGUCCCUUAACCUCUAAAUCUGAAUGUCUUAAUUGCUUAGCAAUAUUGGAAACAUUCCAUAAUUGUUGCACAUUCCAGCAAGCUACAUGAUUGACAAACCAAUAAACGAAACAUAAAGCAUU